ACCGAAAACACGAAAAAGUACAAGUAGAAUACGCGUGACAACGGUCAAACUUGAGCGCAAGCCCCGGCCUUCAACCCAACAUAAACUCAGAAUCCCCGCCGCCCGGGCUUUCCAAAACUGAAAACCAAACGGAUAACAGAACAACACAACCACCGCCGGCUGCGGCAGACUCAAAACUCCGCCUCUCGCGGCCCUUCUUCUCCGCUUCCUAUUCCAACUCUCUUCUUCUUUUUCUUCUUCUUCUUCUCGUUAUUAUUCGCUUUCUCUGGGGCUCUCUCUACAGCCAUUACAUUGCAAGUUAAGGUUUUGGGUUUACAAUACAGCUACAGAGCUGCUUCCUUCAUUGAUAAAUCCUUCCCCAAUGGCGCUUCGUUUCGAGGUUUUGGGGAGGUUUAACCGUGCUCGUGCAGCUAGAUUGACCCUGCCUCACUUUGUGUGCCAGACACCACUUUUCAUGCCCGUUGGAACGCAAGGAACUAUUAAAGGGUUGACAACUGAACAGCUUGAAGAUAUUGGUGCUCAAAUAAUACUUGGCAAUACUUAUCAUUUGGCACUUCGUCCGACUUCCGAGCUUCUUGAUGAGUUGGGAGGUCUCCACAAAUUUAUGAACUGGCCAAGAGCAUUGCUUACUGAUUCCGGUGGCUUUCAGAUGGUAUCAUUAUUGCAUUUAGCUGACAUCACCGAAGAAGGUGUAACAUUUCAGUCACCAGUUGAUGGAAAGCCAAUGCUUUUGACACCUGAGGAGUCAAUUCAAAUCCAAAACAGAAUUGGAGCAGAUAUUAUUAUGGCCCUGGAUGAUGUAGUCAAAACCACCACCACUGGUCCAAGAGUUGAGGAGGCCAUGUAUCGCACUAUACGAUGGAUAGACAGAUGCAUUGAAGCUCACAAGAGACCAACGGAGCAGAACUUAUUUGGUAUUGUACAAGGUGGCUUAGAUCCUGUAUUAAGAGAUAUAUGUGUAAAGGGCUUGGUGAAUCGAAACUUACCCGGGUAUGCUAUUGGCGGUCUUUCUGGUGGUGAAAGUAAGGAUUCAUUUUGGCGUGUUGUUGCACAGUGCACUGCUGCAUUGCCUGAGGAGAAACCGCGAUAUGUUAUGGGUGUUGGUUAUCCUCUGGAUAUUGUAGUUUGCAGUGCUCUAGGUGCUGACAUGUAUGACUGUGUUUAUCCCACACGUACGGCUCGCUUUGGUACAGCUCUUGUACCCGAGGGAGUGCUGAAACUCAAACAGAAAGCGAUGGCUGAAGAUACCCGCCCCGUUGAUCCUACAUGUGAUUGUAUGGUCUGCAAAAAUUAUACUAGAGCGUACAUUCAUUGCCUUGUUACAAAAGAUGCUAUGGGAUCUCAGCUUCUGUCAUAUCACAAUUUAUAUUACAUGAUGAAGCUAAGUAGAAAUCUGCACUCUUCAAUAAUCAAGGGAAGGUUUCCAGAGUUUGUACGUGAAUUUCUGCAACAAAUGUUUCCGAAAGGUGAUAUCCCCGAGUGGGUCUGUGAUGCCAUGGAGGUUGCUGGAAUCGACAUUUCUUCCUGCUGCACUCCGUUUUCAUCAUCCCAAGAUUAGAAGUAGGAAUGUACACCGAUCGCAGGUUAGGCACAAAUUUUGACACAAUUUUGAGGUUGACAUUGAAGAAAGGUAAACUAGGUAAGGGCAGCGUAAAAUUGUUUGCCCUUAAUUUGUUUCACUAGAAAUUACACGGAGCAGCUAAAAACUGCAAGAUUUAGAGUGUGGGAAAUUUGUUUCGGAAUAGGAUCUGACAAAGAUUUUCUUUCCAUUUUUGUUCCGUCUUAACUGCGUGUAAUUUAAAAUAUUAUGAAAUCAAAUGCAGUUAACAAAUUACUAUAG